AUGAUGGGCCUGCUCAUCAUUCGCCACCUCCCGCCUCGCUCGCAACCUCCCGCGCACGACCUCCACAUCGCACCCACGUGCCUGCUCCCUCCCUCUCCAUUUAAGCCACAGCUGAACCUUCCCCCUUCGAUUCUGCACCCCAUCCGCCGUCUUUUGCCCCGCCUCUGCCUCCAGUGCACCACUGCUCGCCAUCCUCAUCAGCACGACCAUCUCCGAGCGCCACCGCGCUCCAUCUCUGCCGACAAGCCACCUUCGUCCUCCCCGAGUGGCUCUCCGGCACCAAAGGACCAUGAGGAGCCGCCCUCCGUGCUUCCUGAUGCACCUUCGUCGCCAGAACUGUCUCCCCGUUCGCACCGCCUCUUCGCGCCCUGCCCCAUCUCCGACGGAGUUGAGCCCACCUGCGGCACCGUCACAUCGAUGCGGUGCCAUGGAGUCAGCCCCAUGUCGGUCUCAUGCCUCGCUCUCCACCGCUAUCGAUCAAGUCACCUCCUCGCCGCCUUCCUCCAUCGAGCGCACGCCUUGCUGUGA